AUGGAACUGAAUCUGUCCAAGAAUGGGAUUUCAUGUGGAGACUCUGGUGGAAUGAAUUUGGACAGAAUCGCAGAGGGCGUGAGAGCACCGCCGCCCCGCGACGUGGCCCCCGCGUUUCAUUUACCGAGAACUUCCAACAGCAGCCGAGAAACUUUAGAGAACUCAAGCAGCGAGUCUUCAGACACAGAGCUGGCAGAGAAGGAGAGGAGCGCUGAACACAGGAGCGAUGACGGCAACGCGGACGAUCCCAAGAAGAAGAAGCAGCGGCGGCAGCGGACUCACUUCACCAGCCAGCAGCUGCAGGAGCUGGAAGCGACUUUCCAGAGGAACCGCUACCCGGACAUGAGCACCAGGGAGGAGAUCGCCGUGUGGACCAACCUGACCGAGGCCAGAGUGCGGGUGUGGUUCAAAAACCGGCGGGCGAAGUGGAGGAAGCGCGAGCGGAACCAGCAGAUGGACCUGUGUAAGAACAGCUACCUGCCUCAGUUCAGCGGCCUCAUGCAGCCCUACGACGACAUGUACCCGGCCUACACCUACAACAACUGGACCAACAAAGGCCUCACCCCGGCGCCGCUCUCCACCAAGAACUUCACCUUCUUCAACUCCAUGAGCCCCCUCACCUCACAGUCCAUGUUCUCUGCGCCUAACUCCAUCUCCUCCAUGACCAUGGCGUCCGGGAUGGGCCACUCCGCCGUGCCGGGCAUGCCCACCCCGGGCCUCAACAACAUCAGCAACCUGAACGGGAUUGGCACUUCCGGGAUCAACUCGGCUAUGUCGUCGUCCGCGUGUCCGUACGGGCCUCCUGGCUCUCCGUACAGCGUCUAUCGGGACACUUGUAACUCCAGCCUGGCCACCCUCAGACUCAAAUCCAAACAGCACCCAACUUUUGGAUACAGCGGCCUGCAGAGUCCGGGCUCGAGCCUCAACGCGUGUCAGUACAACAGCUGACGGGCCGGCUGUAAGGUCCUCUAAAUAGAAAUGAAUCUAUGUGAUAAACAGACACGUGCAGAGCUUACAGGCCAUCUGCGGACUGAGGGGGGAAAUCAAAGACGACUAAACUGGAUCAGUUACAAACACCUUUCAAAAUAAAAGAAAAAGAAAAAUGGAUUAUGCGGGUUUUACGUGUUUACCAAUGAACUUGCACAGCAAUCUAAAUGUCCAGUUUUGGAUUUUUUUUUAAUGAUGAAGACAUGUAACAUUGCUGCAUUGUAAAUAUCUAAAUGUAAAAAUAUACAGGCUUAACAUGAAAACAGAUGAUGGGAUGUUUUCUUUUGCUUGCUUUGAAGACCAGCUGUGGAGGAGGGCGGGGGCUUUUCGACCAAAUCAAGAAUCGCAACAAAUUCAAAUGUGGAGCAUUUCAUAAAUCCAGACUCAAUAGAAGAGGAAAGUAACCGAGCCCACAUUGUACAUAUUUUAUACUGCUUCUGUGUGCUGUAUGUUAUCCGCCUGUGCAGGGUGGCCCCUCCUAUUCACUGACUUUAAUCCUGAAAUGUUUGAGAUAGAAAACCCCGCAUGUUUAACUUGAGUGCAACGUGUUUUGUACGAUAAUGUAAGACUUUAUCAGACUAGAGACUGUAUAAGGUGAA